UGCCAGUUGUUCGCUUCCCGUUGCCGUGUCAAGUUCUCGCUCGCGAAUGUUUUUCUUUCGUCGCCCGAAUGUCAAACCAGCGCCACGCCCCUCGCGUGCUCCAUCCUUUGCGCUGCCCAAGCGACGUGCUCCUGUGCUCCUGACACCCUCCCAUCAGCAUGAUCAGCUGCCCUUCCUAUCGAGAUCUCGCUUCAGCGCCUUGCCACACUUUCGUGCCCAUGGCGAGGAACCCGAGAGUCUCUCGCUCUUCAUUGCCAUUCUCUAUGUCGUGGAUUUGUUUGGCAUCUUUCCGUUUCUAACGCUGCCCGCGCUGCUGGUUCGGCUCGGUUACUUUGGUGUCCUGCUCGUACUCUCUAUCAUCUUCCUCCAGAUGUAUACUUCGUUUUUGCUGGCCCAAUGCUGGACCAUGGCCGAGUAUCUGGAUCCCUCCAUCAUGCAGAAGCGCAAUUAUCCCUACGCUGCUUUGGCUGAACUCGCCUUUGGCCCUUAUGUCAGUCUGUUGGUUUCCAUUCUACUCGAUCUCAGCAUCUUUGCCUUGGCUGUGCCCAGCAUUGUCAUGGCAGCUGAGAAUCUGGAAGCUGUGGUGCUUCGCAUGAGUGCGGGGCAUUAUAACUUCUCCUAUUGCUACUGGGCCAUCAUUGUGGGCCUCGUCAUCUGUCCGCUCAUGUGGCUGGGCAGUCCCAAGCACAUGCGAGGUCUGGCCAUUAUUGCCGUGUGUGGAUUGAUCAUCAUUGUGGCACUGCUUUGGUAUUGCCUCCUGGAUGCAGCUGCCAUUGGAGAACCUUUUGAAGGAGUAUCGAUGGAGUUGCCCGGUUUCCUGACCGUUCUCAACAGCUACAGCAUUCUGGCCUUCCAGUUUGAUAUUCAUCCCGUGCUGCUCACUUUACAGAUUGACAUGAAGCGCAAGCAUCAAGUUUCCUGGGCAGCUCUUGGAGGCAUUGCCAUCACUUGCAGUGUGGCCAUCAUUGGUUCGGUGAUUGCCGCCUACAAGUUUGGCUCCAUGGUGGCCAGUAAUCUGCUCCACUCGCUGCCCACCAGCGUGCCCUUCUAUGUGAUGUUGAUUCUGAUGUCGCUGCAGCUUUGCUUCUCUGUCACUGUGGCCAGCUCAGCCAUGUUUCUGCAGAUUGAGAAUUACUUCAAGUUGCCAGAAACACUCUCCUGCAAGCGUGUUCUGAUACGCUCCUGUGUGCUGGCCUUGGAGGUGCUUGUGGCUGAGUUUGUGCCCAGCUUCGAUGCACUGAUGGAUGUGGUUGGAGGCACCAUCACAGGACCCUUGGUCUUCAUACUUCCUCCUCUCCUUUAUCGUCGUAUACGUCGCAUGGAGUUGGUGCAUCAACGAAUUGCCGCAGAGGCAAGUUACGGCAGCUUGCCGCUAGAUCUGAACUACGAUCCUGUGGAGCUGGAAAUGGAGCCACUGCUGGUCACCACAAAGCCGCACACGCCGCGUGGUUUGUGGCUGCGUGUGGUGCGCGUGUUGCAUCGCCUUGAGUGUGAUGUUUCGUGUACGAUGGCGGUGCUAAUCUUUGGACUGUUGGCCACAUUUUUGUCUACCUACUUGAAUCUGUUUACCAUCGGUGAUCUGUUCAAGAACAAUUCACCGUGCUUGGGUAAUCUGAGUGUGCAUUAGCUAAGCUUUUAAGCUGCGAAUAUCUAUAAAUAUCAAUCAACAUUAAGAUCGUCGUCAUCAUCAGCUCAUCAUCAGCUCGGCAGCAGAAGCAGCAAAGUUGAUUCGCAGUUAGUUCUAUUUCCGUCCUUCGACAAGUUCAGACACCUCAAUUGAUGCAAUAUUUGCUUAAUUAAAGUGUUUUGUAUAACAUAAACUACAAAUUUAAUAAAUUUAUUAUGUGUAUGAUAUGAAGAUACGCAAAUGUGUUGACUCCCCACCAAGUCUCACAGUAUGUCUUUAAUUAGUU